AUGCCCGCAAUCGACGUGCAAGCGCACUCGUGCGAGUACUGCCGCUUCCUCGUCAUCGAUAUCACUGCCCAAGACAGUGACCGAGACCGCCGGCAGCGCCGGGGCCGCGAUGUAGACGCCGACUACGACGACAUGAGCCGCGACAAUGCCUUUUUCGCCUUUACGCUCGACGAUGUAGGCACCGCUGACGCCAACGGCUGCCUCUUCUGCACCUGCUUCCUCGAUGACGAGAUCGUGUCCCGCGAAACCGUCCUGCCCCAUAUCCCCAACAACCUCCCCCCGGACGACCCUUUGCUGGCCAUUAUCGAGCAGCAAGCCGAGUUCUUGAGAAUCAAAGACUACCGCUUGAUCGCCCAUCCUUACCAGGGCUCUGGGAUUCUUCUCGACAUUUUCAGAUUUGAGUUUUUCGGCCUCUGGAAUCCGGCAACAAAGAAGAUGACGCACCGCACAAAGCAUGGCUUCUAG